AUGGCCUCCGAGAGGCAGAUAACGACAAAUAAAACCGAAGGCGGGGCGGUCUUUGGGAAUCUCUCGUCGAACGGAGACAUCAAUAUCGUUCAUACCACGAUCCGAACCCUAGCCGACGAGAUAAAUGCUGCCUUCUUCGCCUCCUCCUACCCAGAUAUGUUCGACCAGAUCCAACAUGAACUCAACCAGUUGAUCCCCUUCCUGGGAAUUGCGGUCGCAAAGUACCCAGAAUUUAAAAAAGACGACCAAUAUUUUCCAGCGCUAAAUAAGGAGCUGCAGCACUGCCAGGAGGUCCUGAAGAACCUGCAGCAAUUACAACAACAUUAUGACAAUCUCCCGUCUCAGGCCAGAGUUGCGUGGGAACGCACUGGAAUAGGCGCAAGCAGUCUGACAGAGAUACGAGCACGAAUCACAUCUUCGAGGCAGACUUUCACGAUGCUGAAUACGCAGAUGAUCAGGCUAUCCCAGGCGAAUAUCAGCCGCUAUAUCAAGCGAUGGAUAAAAGAAUCUCAAAGCGAGACUAAGACCGCUUCCGUGAUUUCCUAUCUCUCUGUUGGCUCGCUAUCUUUGAACGAAGAAAGCACAUGGACAAAAAUACGCGAAGAGUUGGAAGAUCUUGGUAUGGACCACGAAGCCUUCGAAAGGAAUAGGAGGUUCAUUCACGAGGAACUGGAAUCUGCUAUCAUCAGUGGUGACCUUGAUGGAAUGUAUGAUUCUGGUUCUCAGGAUCAGCAAUCAUCGGCUACAUCCAAUGAUAUGAGAACAUCGCAUACCUCGCCCGCUCAAACAGCUGUAGUCGUGAUCAAGAAGGCCACUCCGUCCCAUAUUGAUUUGAAUCCGAGACUUCAGGUUCGAAGUGUCUCCAACAAAAGCACAUUCUCUCGCUUGGUAUAUAGGGUCAGCCACAGUUCCUACAGCCUUGCAGAUGCCGUCGAGCGGCGCGACUUUGCUUUAGUCAGGGAUGAAAUCCGCCAGGGCGCGGAUAUCAAUUGCCGACUUAGAAGCGGUCGCGUAGCUUGGUUGGUGGCUGCGAGAAAUGGAGAUCGCGAUAUUGUCAAACUUUUUCUCGACAAUGGGAUCGAUAUUUUAACGAAGAAGAAUGGUUUUCUUGCUCUUCAAGCUGCUGCAGUGAACGGCCACUAUGAAGUUGUCCAGCUACUUCUCGAUGCGGGGGUCCCACAUCAAGACGAAUCCAUUGGCAUAAACGGGCCUUUACUAUCGGCAAUCCAAGAAGAUCACGAAGCUAUCGUCAAAAUUCUAUUGAAAAAAGGCGCUAAUGUGAAUAUCGUGGAUGCUACUGGUCAGACGAUGCUGAUUAAAGCUACGGAACGUGGCCAUGCGAGAAUGGUUCAGCUCCUGUUACAACACGGUGCCGAAAUCGACCACCUGAAUAACGAAAGAUUUACGGCUCUGGACCUAGCAUGUGCUGCUUGCCACGCGAGUAUCGUCAAAUUAUUGUUAAGUGCAGGGGCAAACGCAAACACCAGCGGAUCCUCAUCCAACACGCCCUUGCACUGGGCAGCUAUGCACAACUCCGAAUACGAGAAUAGCGUUGAGAAUCAGCUAGAGACGACCAAGCUUCUUCUAGAAAGCGAGGCAAAAAUGGCAAUCAAUUUGAUCAAUGAUCAACGCCAAACCCCUCUACUAUAUGCUAUCCGAAAAGGCAAGACAGAACUAGUGAGACUUCUUCUACAAAACGGGGCCGAUAUCAAAAAGCGCACAGAGGCUGGAGUGAGGCCCCUUCUUUUAGCGGUGGAGACAAAUGACGCUUCUUUGGUCGAGAUAAUUCUCAAAGCAGCAUCAAAUAUAAAUGAGAAGAAUCGUGAAACAAAUGACGCGUCCGUUACCACCUUUGUUCCUGACAGAGAUCCAACUCUGUAUGAGGUCGACUCAAAAGGGGAAAGCGCACUUUGGAAGGCAUUACGAUUGAGAAAUAGGGCAAUGGUCAAAGUUCUCCUCGAAAAGGGGGCUGACCCUAACUUAGUGAUCAAAUGUGGAACGAUGCUCCAAGAAAUUGUACAGAGCGGAGACAUGGCCAUGAUAGCACUUCUGCUACACUAUGGGGCGGACCCUAACAUCAUCAGUGAGACCGGGGGGGUCUGCCAGUCAGAUACUGCGCUGAUUAGUGCUGUCCGGUGCAACAACUAUUCUCUUGUCAAAUUGCUUCUACGGAGAAAUGCAGACAUAGACCUACAUGCUCCAGAGUCUGACUCUGCACUUAUCGCAGCAUGCCGUCUCGGCAAUCUCCAGAUGGCUGAUGUUCUACUAGAACAUGGCGCAGCAGUCAAUCUAAAGCGGAAUGACGGAGUGAGUGCGCUUUCAGUGAUCACGUCAACAGAGCUGUCACAAAACCCUCAAAGUGUCCCAAUCAUGGAAAUUCUACUCGAAAAGGGAGCAGAUCCCAACACGAAGACCUCUUUGGGGUUGCCUGUCAUCUUCAAUGUGGUUAGACAUGGCAAAAUCGCGUUUGAGAUUGUAAAUCUCUUACUUGCCGGGGGAGCUGAUCCGAAUUCAAGGUCUGACGGGGGUGAUAUGGGUACUCCUCUUCUUCGGGCUAUUGUCGAAAUUUGCAAUAGAAGGUUGGCAAGGCUCGUCAUCGAGAGCGGAGCAGAUCUCGACCUCGGCCAAGAUGGUUAUACGAGUCUCAUGCAUUCUAUUGAAAUGGGGGAUAUUGCAAUACUUCAACUUCUUCUCGACAAAGGUGCGAGGCUUGAUAAUUGGACAGAAAGUGAGCAUAAAUUUCGCAGAUACUACAAGGAUGGGAUUCAAAGAAGUCAAGAAGUCGAUAGGCGUUUGGCCGCAUGUGCGAUUUCCAUAAAAUGGACCACUGAGUCUUAUAUUCCACCUCCACAAUAUGACUGGGAGAAGGCCUCUGGCAAAGCUUAA